CGGAGCUAUAAUAGAUCACAGUUAUUGCACAAAACUAUAGCUAAUUAACUAAACGUUUGUGAGAAAAGAAGAGGCCCGGUAUAUCGAGGUACCCGGUAUAUAAUAGAGAGGCACGGUAUAUAAAAGUAUAAAGCUAAGGAUGGCUCCUGCUGCAGAUGGCUGUUGCCAUCAUUCCCAAUCCUCCAAAGAGCUAAGAGGGAAGAUUCUGAAAGCAUUUUUAUAUGACUCAAAACACAAAUCUUUCCAAGACCUCAAAGACGGAGCCUUCUCCAUAAAGGAUCACCUCAAAGAUCACAAAAAUGUGGAUGCAACCGUGAAGGAGCUAAAAAUCGCUGCCAAACCAGAUUUCAGCGUGUUCAUAGAGGAGGACAUGCGAGAAAUUCAAAGAAUUUCCGACCAGUUACAGAGAAAACCAAUUAACAAUGUGAUUAACGCAUUUCGUUACCUCAGGACAGCCUGUCCUAACAGCACGUUUGUUGAUCAUCUAGCCAGAGUGACCUUCCAGAACCACCCAGCCAGUAGAAACGUCCCCCUUCCAGCUCCACACCAAAUUAUGCCUUUUACUUUCUUCAAGAGGGGUAAGGUAGUGGCCGCUCAAAGGAGCAUUCCAGGGGUAGAUAACCUGGUGUUGGAAUUAACCGACCCGAAUAAAAUGCUCCAAGACGGGGAUAUCCUGCCUACAAGUGCAAAGUUUGACAAAGAAAGAAGGAUUGCUUGGUGGAGGGAAGACCUCGGGAUGCUGACCCAUCAUUACAAUUGGCACAUAGCUUAUCCGUACCCACCCAAACAGCCUCGAGAUCGUCAGGGCGAACUGUUUGGCUACAUGCACGAGCAAAUGUUGGCUCGAUACGAUUUUGAGAGAAUAGCCGUGGGCCUCAACCGUGUACAACCGUACGGACCGGGAUUUGGUUGGGAUAAACCACUGGUUGAAGGGUUCAACUCACAGUUAGCCAUGUGUUCAGUGAGAGGAGCCAAUAGCAACCUUUCAUCAAGUAAUACUUACUACAUAGGCAAAGGAGUACCAAACACAAUCUCCCUUGAUGACAUGAAGAGGUAUAAAGAUAGGAUCUCCUCAGCAAUAGCAGUUGGUUUCCUUUACAAGGAUGCCCAAAACAAAGUUAUGCUAGAUCUUAAAGAUGGCAUGAACCAUCUCGGGAACACCAUGCAAGCUAACCAAGGGUCGGUUAACAAGACCCUGUACGGGAACCUACACAACAAUGGUCAUGUGAUCCUGGGUAGGAUCAACGACCCUUCAGGAAUGUACCAGAUACCACCAGGGCCCAUGAACUAUGACCAGGCUGCACCACGAGAUCCCGUCUUCUUCCGCUGGCACAAGUUCAUUGAUAAUCUGUUUGAGGAGCACCGCUCAAAUCUACCUUAUCAAAACGUUCAGGAUUUGGUUUUCGAUGGUAUUAGCAUCGAAUCUUUCUCUGUUAAACUGGAGCCAUCCGAGGACGACAAAGAAAAACUUGAGAAAUCUAAAGUUUUUUCGGAAACAGAAAACCAUUUUUAUACCCACAUGGAAAAUAAAUGGUACAAGAUCUACAACUCCAACGCAACUGAAGAGGGUGGUGAUUCUGACUACUCAUCUGCGAGUGUGUCCCAAAAAGCUCUCAACCACAUACCCUUCAGCUACGAAAUAAAAGUAAAGAACGACAACAAGCACGAACAGAACAUAGUUUUCAGAAUCUUCCUGGCACCAGAAAUAGACGAGGGAGGACCCCUGGAUCACUCGAGGACCAUGUUCGUGGAACUUGAUAAAUUCGUGGUGAGCGUUAAAAAAGGGACAAAAACGAUAAAAAGGCAAGAUAACCAGUCAUCUGUGAUUCUGAACCCUCAACCAACGGUAGAAGACAUCGCUACCAAAGACGGGCCUUUGAGGGGAGAUUGCAUGUGUGGCUGGCCGCUGAACCUUCUAGUACCAAGAGGGACCGCAGCUGGGAUGAGAGGAAAUAUUUACGUUAUGGCAAGUGACUGGAAUAAAGAUGGUCAGGACCCUUAUUCGGGAAUGGAGGGGAGUGCCUCGUAUUGUGGUAAGCAGGGUGCUAAAUAUCCUGAUAAGAGACCGAUGGGGUUCCCUUUUGAUAGGCUGGUGGUUAAUAGGGAUGGUAGCUCUCCUGUUGGAACUUUGGGAGAGUUUGUUGAAGCUGUUCCGAACAGUUUUAGUGAGAAAGUAACCAUCACAUUCCUUGAUAAAUGGCCGAUUCAGGAAAAAAGGGAGGAUGCUAAGAGAGCAAGCCGUCAAAGAGACCGUCAAAAGGGCGAGUGAAACAAUCAAAAAACUGCGUCAUCGUUCAUUUUAGAGUUAAGGUUGCAUAUUUACGAAUAAAAGCUGAGAUGAUAUAAAGACGAACGACAUUCUGGCAGUGUUUUUAGUUUUGAGACACAACAGAAAGUCAGCAACGCGGACUGUUGAACUGUUGAACUGGAAGUAUAUUGAGAGUUAGUUUAGAGGAACAUUUGUAAAAUCAUAUUUCUAGACGGAUGAUCUGAUCAAAACUUAUUUAUCAAAACUUAUUUAUAAAUCAUUAUG